ACAAAUCUACUAAUAAACAACUUUUAAAUGAUUGUAAUUUUAUUUUUCUAGUAGUAAAUAAAUCAUGACAAAAGGAAAUGGGUGGGUCCAGUCUCUUUGAAAUCAGUAGUCAUGAAAGAUAGGCUGCGAAGAAACGAGUUGGUCGUCUAGAGUUGACAACUUCCAAAUCCACUGAGUUUAAAAAACUGACAAAAACUCAGCAAAAAAAGAAUAAUUCACAAAAACAGAAAGUAGAGAAAAUGGUGACCGAUGUGAUUCUACAGGUUGCGAUAUUUGUGAUCUUGGCGCUGACGUUCCUCUUCUACCAAAACAUCCCGCAAAAGCUUCUGGCCAAGCUCCGCCUCUUCCGCCGCCGUUCCCAGCUCCAGGCCAAGCGCCACUUCGUCGUCGCCGCCCGGCUCCUCUCCGCCGCCGACGCCCGCCGCGCCGAGGCCGAGGCCGACCGAGCCAUCGCCCUCGACCCCACCGACGCCGCAUCCCACAUCCUCAAGGCGCUGGCCCUCGAGAAGCAAGGCUUCCGGACCUCCGCCCUGGCCUCGCUCGACACCGCGCUGUCGCCGCUCGCCGUGAAGACGCUCACCGACGCCGAGAGGAAGGAUGCGCUGCUCAAGCGGGCGGCGCUGGCCGACGGAAUUCGGGGAUAACCGCCAAGGGUUACUUGGCUGCGGCGGCCGGAGUUUUUAUUAUUAAAGCCUUAAUUUUUUCAUCUUUACUAAUUAACUUAAGUUUGUUGAUAUUCUACAUUUCAACUCUACCUCUGUCCGUCAUUAAUCGUUACAAUUGUCAUUUUCAUCCUGUAAUAAAUACUCCAUCUGUCCGCGAA